AUGCCUGUUGAACUAAAAGGAAGCUGUCAUUGCGGCGCAGUGAGGUUCAGUCUCAUGUCUAGUACCCCAGUGCCAUAUCAACUUUGUCUGUGCUCUAUUUGCAGAAAGGUCGGCGGAGUUGGUGGUUCCAUCAAUCUCGGAGGACAUUCGAAAACGUUGAAGGUCGAUGGUAAAGAGCAUGUCAGUGUUUACAAGGCAAUCAUAGAUAGAGACACCCCGAAGGAGCGGGUUGCCUCGUCUGAAAGAAGCUUUUGCUCCAAGUGCUCCGCCAUGUUGUGGUUGUACGAUGAAACAUGGCCUGAAUUGAUUCAUCCUUUCGCGUCGGCCAUCGAUGCACCCGAACUCCAAUCGCCGGGGACUUUGACCUGCUUGAUGCUCAACUCGAAGCCCGAUUAUGUGCGAUUGCCUGAAGGCUCAAGAAAAGACUACAAAACUUACCCACGACAGUCUUUGGAGGAGUGGCACAAGGCAAACGGUCUGUACGUAGAGUGA